AUGGCGGCGUUCUCGCAUUUCCUUCCUGCCCACCGAUUGGCUGCCAGCGUGCACACUCAAGAUGGCGGCCGCAGCCUCGCCCAAUGGCGGAGUUCUCGCAUUUCCUUCCUGCCCACCGAUUGGCUGCCAGCGUGCAAGAUGGCGGCACGGAAACUUCCGGCUCGGGCGGAAGCGCGUUGCAAGAUGGCGGCGUACGAGAAGCGGCGAGCGGCCGCCGCCCCGGUGCCGGCGGGGGGCAGGGCGGGCGUGGACGGGCGGCUCUACAGCGAGCUGCUGCGGCGCAUCUGCCAGCGCGGAGCGGCCCCGGCCGAGGCGGCGGCCGAGCUGCUGCGCCGCGUCCGCUGCCGCGACCACGAGGCCGUCCCGUUCGACGUGUUCCGCUACGGCGUGCUCACCUGCUGCGUGCUGCUGGAGUUCGCCGCCAAGGCCGACGCGCUGUUCGCCCUGCUGGGCGCUGGGGACUCGGCGGACACGCGGCUGUGCCAGGCUGUGCUGCGGGCGCUGGAGGACGCGCUGGGCGCCGGGCACGGCUCCCGGCCCGGCCGCUACCUGGAAGCCGGCUCCAGGCUGGGCCCCGACAGGCUGGCGCUGGCCAUGGACCAGGCGCUGCAGGAGAGGAAGCUCAGCUCGUCCAUGAGCAGGGAGGAGUUCCUGAGGAAAGCCACCGCCCUGUUCAUAGCGAAGGUGAAGCCCGUGGAGUGAUGCCGGGUGGGAGCAGCGCUGGCUGCGGCCACUGCCGGCCCUGCGGGGCCCCCUCCGAGCUGAUGAGCACGGAGCCUUGGUUGGGCACUGGCUGGAGAGCCUUGGUCUGCCCAACAAGAGAUUCCCAGUUUCCACGCUCCCUGCCCUGUUCUGAUGGUGCCCAGCAGCUCCGUGUCCCUGUGUGCAGCCUUUCCCUGGCGUGGCUCCUCUGGCCCAGCUGUGUUGGGAGAUUUUUAGGUGUUAUCCAGGAUUGACGUGGAGGCUGUGACCGCAGAGCUGCUUUGGGCAGUGAAAUAACCCAGAAGGAACAAAGUGUGGGGCUGGGCUGUGGCUGCACAGAGGCAGCUGGGGAGCACUAAGGUGAUUUGGGAUGUAGAGUGCAGGCUCUGGAUGAGACAGAUCCCCUUCCCCCCGGACCAGCUGCGUGUCAGGCCGGGGUUAUUUAUUUAAACUUGUCUGAUCAUUAUUUAUACUGUUCAAUUCCUGGUUUGCUGUAAGACAUUAAAGCUUUUUUAUUAUUUUUUAGUGGCCAGUUUCUUAACCUCCUGGCAGCAUGAAGUGCCAGAAUGAGCUGCAGCAGUGCCCAGAUCCCUGAGGCAAGCCCCGUGCUCAGGGGUUAGUGUUGGCAGCAGGUGCAGGACUGUGGAGCACCUGAGUGGAAGAGCUGGUGGGAGGAUCCCCGCGGGCUCGGGAUGUUGUGUUGGGCGGAUGUUCUGCUCCCUGCAGGCAGAACGUGGUGCUGGUGGGGUUGAGGCUGCGGGUGGAGGCUCCUGACGCAGGCACAGCUGACGGGAUGUGACACAAAGGGAGGUGCGAGCCGGGGAUGCCGAAGGCAUCAUUCCGCUGCGGCCGUGCCAGGAGCAGCUUCCGCUCCCGUUCCAGGUGCUGUGAAUUGUCACACAGGUAUGGCACCUGCAGGCUGACCCGGGGCUGAGCUCCGGGCCGGGAUUCUGUGUGCUGGGGAGCCCCGGGGCGGCUGCCGAUCGUUGGAUUCUCUCGGUGGGACGGCGCGACCGGGAGCGC